AUGUGUGUUACAUAUAUCCGCCUUGUAUACUGUUGCUGCAGUCCUGAGUUUCAUGCUUGUUCUUUUUUUUUUCAUUAUAAACAGGAUGACACCAAUCUGGGCUCUGACUAUGUAUGUGUUAAUACCAUCAAUGAAAACCUCGAAGAAGCUCAGCAAUUUCAGCGCAUUUUCAUUCCAUUGCUUUAUAGCCUUGUAUUUGUCAUUGGCGUUAUUGGAAAUGGCCUUGUCCUCUAUAUUCUAUUGAGGUAUCGUCGCGUACGCUCAAAUACAGAUAAUUUCCUUGUGCACUUGGCUAUUGCAGAUUUACUGAUGCUUUUUACAUUUCCCUUUGGUGUGACGGACGUUUUAGCUGGUUGGGUAUUUGGAGAUUGCCUUUGCAAGAUUGUGAGAGUUAUCAGCCGUGUAAAUUUCUACUGCAGCAGCCUUCUCCUGGGAUGUAUCAGCAUUGACCGUUAUAUGUCUAUAAUCCAUGCUGUCAAUGCCUUCAGAAAGCAUCAUGUUAUGACAGCACAUAUCCCUUGCUUUUGUGUUUGGAUCUUCUGCUUUCUUCUAUCAUUGCCAAACCUAUUCAUAUUGGGAACCUUUACAAAUGGAAAUGUUACCAGGUGUAGAUACCACGACAGCUCUUUUCAAGAAAAUCGUUUUUGGCAGGCUGAGAGAUUCCUCAACCAUGUGGUAGGAUUUUUAUUUCCACUGAUCCUCAUGACCUUUUGCUAUUUUCACAUUAUAGUCACCUUGUGCAAUUCACCAAGACGAGAAAAAAAGAGGGCAGUCAGAGUGGCCAUAGUGAUUACCAGUGUCUUCUUUUUGUGCUGGACACCAUACAAUGUUGUCAUAUUUGUGGAUACUUUGGAUCAGCUACAACUAAUCAAAGGUUGUGUAAAUUUCAAACAACUUCACCUAGCAGUUAUAAUUACAGAGUUGUUAGGGUAUAUUCACUGUUGCCUGAAUCCCUUGCUGUAUGCUUUUGUGGGGGUAAAAUUCCGAAAUGAUGCCAUGCGUGUUUUUAAUGCAUAUCACAUGCUUCAAGUCAAAGAUGAUUAG